AUGUUCAACCGAGUCGAGACCUACUCUCCAAUUGGGCGAGGCCUAAAGAAGAGGAUUUGCGUGUUAAAGGCAUCACCCCACGAAUCUGGGGUGCUGCGGAUUUCAGGCAUUCUUGUUAAACAAACUCAGUCUGAAGACUACUGCACAGUUUCUGGUGGGGUAGCAGCUGUUUUAACCCCCAUUCAAAGAUCGAUUCCAUCGUUCUCGUCGGGUUUUUGCAAUUUGCUGUCCAACCGUAACGUCGCCUCAACAGGAAUGAAUAAAAACACUGGGUUGAUUACCGGCUGGCCCUCGCAAGUCAUCGUAUAG